AUGUGAAUUCCUCCACCCUCCACGCUCAUAUUAUAAAUAGGAGAGAUUGUUUUGAAGCGACUUUAUUCACACUCCUCUUUCUCUCUCUCUCUGCUCUGCACACAACGAUCACAAACUGAGGACUUCGCAGCACAGACAUGAAGAGUGUGAAGAUGUUUGCAGCUUAUGCGCUGGUGUUCCUCUUGCUGUCUUCACUUGUCUCUCAGGCUUGCAGCGCUCCGAGGGGCAGGUUCCAGCGGCGUAACUGGACUCCUCAGGCCAUGUUGUACCUCAAAGGCACACAAGGACGGCGCUUCGUGUCGGUGGACAGAAACGAGGGUGACGUCUUUGACACGCUCCACUUAGGUACCGCUGAAACACAGGAUGAAAACACAGAGAAUCUGAGCGUCUCCAAGGCGGCCACGGUGCUCCUCAACUUCCUCCAGCAGGCCAAAGACGAAGGAAUGGAUAACGGACUAUUUUUGCAAGACGCACCAGUUUGGAAAAGAGACUACUUCUGAGAAACGUCCUGUGUAAUGUAACUGAACUGUACAGUUUUAUUUAUUUCUCUUCUAUCUGUAUUUGGUCUUAAUGUAAACUCGUCUUAAACAAUUAUUCCAUGUGAAAUACACAGAUUUUGAACUUCCUGUGUGUUUUGUGGUGUUUAAUAAAACUGGAGUUGCAUCCACAGCAUCCUUAGGUAAAGCUCCGUCAUGUUUAAGACUAGUUUUAUUGAAAUUACAAAGCUGCCUUGAAUGUGCCUCAAAGCUGCCUCGAAUAUAUGCCUCAAAGCUGCCUUGAAUGUGCCUCAAAGCUGCCUCGCAUAUAUGCCUCAACGCUGCCUCGAAUAUAUGCCUCAACGUUGCCUCGAAUGUGCCUCAAAGCAGCCUCGCUGCCUUCAAAUGAAUAAAAACAUCAAUGAAGAAGUGUGAAGUAAAAAUUCACAUAAAUUAUUUAGCUUGUUUUUUUUUUUAAAGUAGGUAACACAAGGGGGCACAAACUUUUGCACUCAACACACUGUUUUAUUUUUUCCCCCAUACAGAAAUGUGACUUCUUUAAUUACAUGCUUCAUAAUUCUAAUGAACCAAAAUGUCUCCCAACAAGGGCAGUGUGUAGAAGUGGGAGGAGUUUGUGUGUGCUGUGGGCGUGGCCUCAC